AUGGCCCAAGAUGGUCUAGCUAUACUUGCUGAAGAGCUUGAUUUGGUUACAAAAAUGGAUCUUCAUGUUAAGGAUGAAAUAUACAGUGAUGUAGGAAACGUGGUGGGGUUGUCACCAAUACAGACGAAUGAGCGCGACUCUGGAAUCAAUGAGUCUAAUGUUGGUAUGAAAGAACAAGCUACUGCUUCUGACAACAAAGCAGCAUAUAGGGUUGGCCAUAAAAAUGCAGAAAAAAAAGGAAAUUUAGGAAUCUGUUAUGAGUACACUUCAUUUCCUACCUUUGGUUUUGAAUAUGAUUUAACAAAAUUAUAUUCUUAUGUUGUCAAAGCUUCUGGCUAUCAUAUUUAUCGAUUCGGAAAUAACAUUGAAAGCUUCUGGCACCUGCGUAGUGGGGUUACUGUUCAUCGGGUUCGGUCGUCCACUACGGUAAGAAAUAUCCGUCGUUCAGUUUCUUUGUUCUUAUCCAACCUUUUCUUCUCCCAUCAAGCUCGUCUAGAAGCCCUAAAACCACACCACCCCACCCCACCGAUCGAUUUUGCUAACGUUCAUCGCCACCGUCAUCCAAUCCACCGCCAUCCAAUCCACCACCUCCACUCUCUCCAUACCUUUAUGUAA